AGCUUGAACGUUGAAUGCUUUUUCAAGUUCGGCUUCUUAUUCAGAAUCUAGAAAAAAGGUUAAGUAGAAAAGAAGGUCGAGGAAGUGGUGAAAUGUCUCUAAACUUUAUCUACCCUUUCCUCAUCAUCCCUGGUCUGACAUAAUCAUGACAAAAGUCCUCCGGAACUCUGCCAUGAUGGAUCUUGAUCAGAAGGAAACUGCAGCAGCCACAGUUCACCUGUCCUCUGAAAAGAAGGAGCUUCUGUCAACAGCUAUGAAGAGAACUAGUGAAUGGAUUUUCUCUCAGGAGAUUCCCAGUGAUGUUACUAUUCAUGUUAGAGGAGCUUCUUUUUCACUGCAUAAGUUUCCAUUAGUCUCAAAAUGUGGAUACGUAAGGAAACUAGUAUCAGAAUCAAGUGAUGCUGAUCUGUCUACCAUUGAAAUUCCGGACAUUCCAGGAGGGGCAGAAGCAUUUGAGCUUGCAGCCAAAUUCUGUUAUGGAAUAAAUUUCGAGAUUAGCACAGAAAACAUCACCAUGCUCCGGUGUGUGGCAGAGUAUCUUGAGAUGACUGAGGACUAUGCAGUUGGAAACCUUAUGGAAAGAACUGAAGCCUACUUAAAUGAAGUGGCGCUCAAGAGCCUUGCAGGAGCAAUUACUGUUUUACACAUGUCCGAAAAUCUCCUUCCAAUUGCAGAGAAAGUUAAACUAGUCAGCAGGUCCAUAGAUGCCAUAGCGUAUAUGGCCUGCAAAGAGAGCCAGUUUUGUACAUCUGGAAGGGCUGAGAGUGGCUUUGAUGUGUCAAUUUCUUCAGUUUCUCACCCAAAACCUAUAGUUGAUUGGUGGGCUGAAGAUUUAACUGUUCUCAGGAUUGACAUCUUCCAAAGGGUUCUGAUUGCAAUGAUGUCAAGAGGGUUUAAACAAUAUGCUCUUGGUCCAAUACUGAUGCUUUAUGCACAGAAAUCUCUUAGAGGUUUGGAAACAUUUGGAAAGGGGAGGAAGAAAAUUGAGCCAAGUGAAGAACAUGAGAAGAGGGUUAUUUUAGAAACAAUCGUGAGCCUUCUGCCAAGGGAAAGAAAUGCGAUGUCUGUUAGCUUCCUUUCUAUGCUGCUCCGUGCAGCAAUAUACCUUGAAACCACCGUUGCUUGCCGCCUUGAUUUGGAGAAGAGAAUGGCCUUGCAAUUAGGACAGGCUGUUCUGGAUGAUCUCUUGAUUCCUUCCUAUUCUUUCACUGGGGACACAUUGUUUGAUGUGGAUACUGUGCAGCGGAUCAUGAUGAAUUACAUUGAACACGAGACAGAAGGAAACCAUUUGGGAUACAAAACAGAUGAUGAGUACAUUUCUCUAUGCAGUGACAUGGAACGAGUAGGAAGGCUAAUGGAGAACUAUCUAGCUGAAAUAGCCUCUGAUCGGAAUCUUUCUAUUUCAAGGUUCAUUGGUCUUGCUGAACUCAUUCCUGAACAAUCAAGGGUAACAGAGGAUGGGAUGUAUAGAGCCAUUGAUAUCUACCUCAAGGCUCAUCCAACUCUAAGUGACAUAGAGAGGAAGAAAGUUUGCAGCUUCAUGGACUGUCAGAAACUCUCUAGGGAAGCCUGUGCUCAUGCUGCCCAAAAUGAUCGGCUUCCUGUCCAAACAGUGGUCCAAGUACUUUACUAUGAGCAACAACGCCUUCGAGAUGCCAUGAAUGGAAGUCUUACAAGUGGAGACUCCCCUACCAUUUCUUCCAAAGGGAACUUAUACCCCUCAGGCAUCUACCCAGUUUCAGAUGAACUAUCCAUCUUAAGAAGAGAGAAUGAGGAUCUAAAACUAGAGCUAGCAAAGAUGAAAAUGAAAUUGAAAGAAAUUGAACGGUUGACAAUUAAAUCAGCAGUGAGCAGUCCUAUGGGAAGUACUCCGCGUUCAUCUAAUAAGCCUCCUUUGCCUCGAAGAACGUCAUUUAUAAAUUCUGUUUCUAAGAAACUUGGGCGGCUUUAUCCUUUUGCACGUGCAGAUGGAGUGUCACCUUCCAGUGCCAAAAGUCGGACAAGACCAAGUAAGAAUUGGAGGCACUCCAUAUCUUGAUACAUUGGUUUGCUUCUCUAUCACUACAUUGUGCAGAGUUUGUAUCUGCAUUGAUUUAAGUCUAGAGAAAACUUCAAGCUGAAAUCUGUUCUUUUUCUGCUCUUCUUUGAUUUGGUAGGAGUGCCUCUCUCACUGCUCCCCUCUAAAUUAGUUUCCUUUUUGUGUGUGAUAUUGUUGUGAAUAACACUAUGUCUUUGAGAAGACACAUUACUAUAAGACUGGUGAUAGCAAUCAGUAAUCAUGGAGUUUGUGGCUACGGAUUGGUAUUUCUCUGCAUUGAACAAGCCCACUCCUUGUCUUGAGAAAACAAUUGAAUAGAAACAUCCUGUGGAUACUAGGAGAAUUAGGGUAUGUUUGGUACCAGUUGCUGGGAAGUCCUUUUAGACUUUAAAAGCUCGCUGCAUCAAACACUAUAAUUUGUAAAAAAAUGCUACAACUUCUUACAAGUUAGUUUUUUGUUAAUUUCAUUGCAAAUCUCAAGAACACCGAAUUGGUGCUUCUGCAAGAACUCCUCAUUCAAAUUUUAAUGAAAUUAACACAUUAUU